GGAAGCCCUAGCAUUGUUUUUUACCAGUUCACUAAUUUGAAGGGUUUGAGUUGCAUUUGCCAGUAUUUUGUUUCUGAAGGUUUGGAAGUCAUUGGAUGGAACAUAAUUUUAUUUAAGUGCUGUCAUUGGAAGUUGGAGUUUUGAGGACCGCAGUCAUUGCAUGUGGAUGAACUGUUCUAUGAAUACCUGAUGUAUUGACGUAUUAACAAUUGCACGAAUUGAGUGAUGCAUUUCUUCUAAUAGUAUCCAGAGUAUUCUGUUUUCAAUCCUGGCACCUCUACGAAGUUGGUAUUACUGUGUAUUCAAGAAAAGUAAGCAGGCACAAAAUUUCCCAAAGGUCAUUUGUUGUAAAGCUAGUUUGAGUUUUUGUAGUCUGCUCUUAACCAGUUCAUACCUAUGUGUGAAAACCCAGUACUAGAAAUUGAGAGAGAGGAAACUGUCCAAGAGAUAACUCUUCUUAACCUGGUUCCUCCUAUACUGUGCACACAGCCAUAUGCUUACUGGGUGAAGGGCAAUCUUGCAGUGAUAACAGCCCUGUGAAUAUUUAAGCUGUAAGGGGUUAGUGGCUCUUUAGCCAGGAAACCAAUGUUAAAUGGUUUGUACUACUGUGUGAGCAUUAAAUUUGUUUCCACUAUCACAGGCACUGCGUGCACAGUGAUGACAGUUUAUGUAAUUAAAAAGAAACUAGUGUAUUUGGAGGUAUGUGCGAUAUGUUAGCCCCAAAUACCUUGUGAUAAGGAAAUAAGGUGCAGUGCGAAUAAUGGGUCUGCCAAGUUGGAUUGAUGGGCCCAGAAUUCCUUUCAGCUGAGGAGGUCUGUACCUUACAUUUAGCUCGACCAAAUCCUGUGGGAGGUGACGGGACCGGAACGCGUGGAAGUACGUUCCUCUGUGUGGAUGGGGGGGGAGGGGCGGGGAAGGUGGGCGGUUGCAGCACGGGCUCUGCGCCUGCGCCAUGCGGCUUCGUGCGCCUGCGCACCAUACUCGCACUUUUCCAGGCGUCGCUUCUGCCUUUGGGCCCUGCGGAGGGGUGUUCUGAGAGGGCUUAUGAGCAUGCUGAGGCCUGAGGUCCCACCAGCUUCGCCUUCUGUCCCUGCAGUUUCCCCUUCCUCGGUAGAGGCUCGGUCCCAGGGUCCCCGCUACAAUUUCGGACUCCAGGAGACUCCUCAGAGAUGUCCUUCAGCCCAGGCCGCCUCUUCGUCCUCCCCUCCAGGCACGUCUGGAGCGGCGGGCGACCGGAGCGGCAGCAGCAGCCUCCCUCGGCACCCGCCCAGCGCGCGGCCAGCUCAAGAUUCAUACUUUACAAACAAAAGAUCUUAUGCAGAAAACACACUUGCAUCACAUUUUACUCUCGGUACAAGCUCAUCCUCUGCGCGAGAUAGUAAUUAUCCUCAAAUACUAAAAACUCCAUUAUCUGCUGGAAAUCCCCAGAGACCAGGUUAUAAAAGUUGGACACUGCAAAUGGAAUAUUCAGCUACAUCCUCAUCUGCAGUUUCUGCACACUCUCCAUCAGUUAUUGUAGCUGUUGUAGAAGGGAGAGGACUUGCCAGAGGUGAAAUAGGAAUGGCAAGUAUUGAUUUAAAAAGCCCACAAAUUAUAUUAUCUCAGUUUGCAGACAACACAACAUAUGCAAAGGUGAUCACUAAACUCAAAAUUUUAUCACCUUUGGAAAUAAUAAUGUCAAAUACUGCUUGUGUUGUGGGGAAUUCAACCAAGUUGUUUACUCUCAUCACAGAAAAUUUCAAGAACGUUAAUUUCACUACUAUCCAAAGGAAAUACUUCAAUGAAACAAAAGGAUUAGAGUACAUUGAACAAUUAUGCAUAACAGAAUUCAGCACUGUCCUAAUGGAGGUUCAAUCCAAGUAUUACUGCCUUGCAGCUGUUGCAGCUUUAUUAAAAUAUGUUGAAUUUAUUCAAAAUUCAGUUUACGCACCAAAAUCGCUGAAGAUUUGUUUCCAGGGUAGUGAACAGACAGCUAUGAUAGAUUCAUCAUCAACCCAAAACCUUGAAUUAAUAAUUAAUAAUCAAGACUCUAGGAGCAAUCACACACUCUUUGGUGUUCUAAAUUACACUAAGACUCCUGGAGGAAGUAGAAGACUUCGUUCUAAUAUAUUAGAACCUCUAAUUGAUGUUGAAACCAUUAACAUGAGGUUAGAUUGUGUUCAAGAACUGCUUCAAGAUGAGGAACUCUUUUUCGGACUUCAGUCAGUUUUAGCAAGAUUUCUUGAUACAGAGCAGCUUCUUUCUGUUUUAGUCCAAAUUCCAAAGCAAGACACGAUUAAUGCAGCUGAAUCAAAGAUAACAAAUUUAAUAUACCUAAAACAUACCUUGGAACUCGUGGAUCCUUUAAAGACUACUCUGAAGAACUGUAACACACCUUUAUUAAGAGCUUACUACGGUUCCUUGGAAGAUAAGAGGUUUGUAAUCAUACUUGACAAGAUUAAAACAGUAAUUAAUGAUGAUGCAAGAUACAUGAAAGGAUGCCUGAACAUGAGGACUCAGAAGUGCUAUGCAGUGAGGUCUAACAUAAAUGAAUUUCUUGACAUAGCCAGAAGAACAUAUACAGAGAUUGUAGAUGACAUAGCAGGAAUGAUAUCGCAGCUUGCAGAAAAAUAUAGUCUUCCUUUAAGGACAAGUUUUAGCUCUGCUCGAGGAUUUUUCAUUCAGAUGACUACAGAUUGUACAGCCCUACCCAAUGAUCAGCUUCCUUCAGAGUUUAUUAAGAUUUCUAAAGUGAAAAAUUCUUACAGCUUUACAUCAGCAGAUUUAAUUAAAAUGAAUGAAAGAUGCCAAGAGUCUUUGAGAGAAAUCUAUCACAUGACUUACAUGAUAGUGUGCAAACUGCUUAGUGAGAUUUAUGAACAUAUUCAUUGCUUACAUAAACUGUCUGACACUGUGUCAAUGCUGGAUAUGCUACUGUCAUUUGCUCAUGCCUGCACUCUUUCUGACUAUGUUCGGCCAGAGUUUACUGAUACUUUAGCAAUCAAACAUGGAUGGCACCCCAUACUUGAAAAAAUAUCUGUGGAAAAACCUGUUGCCAACAAUACCUAUAUUACAGAAGGGAGUAAUUUUUUUAUCAUAACUGGACCAAAUAUGAGUGGGAAAUCCACAUAUUUGAAACAGAUUGCUCUUUGUCAGAUUAUGGCCCAGAUUGGAUCAUAUGUUCCAGCAGAAUAUGCUUCUUUUAGAAUUGCUGAACAGAUUUUUACAAGAAUAAGUACUGAUGAUGAUAUUGAAACAAAUUCAUCAACAUUUAUGAAGGAAAUGAAAGAGAUAGCAUAUAUUCUACAUAAUGCUAAUGACAAAUCACUCAUAUUAAUUGAUGAACUUGGCAGAGGUACUAAUACAGAAGAAGGUAUUGGCAUUUGUUACGCUGUUUGUGAAUAUCUGCUGAGCUUAAAGGCAUUUACACUGUUCGCUACACAUUUCCUGGAACUAUGCCAUAUAGAUGUUCUAUAUCCUAAUGUAGAAAACGUGCAUUUUGAAGUUCAACAUGUAAAGAACACCUCAAGAAAUAAAGAAGCAAUCUUGUAUACCUACAAACUUUCUAAGGGACUUACAGAAGAAAAAAAUUAUGGAUUAAAAGCUGCAGAGGUGUCGUCACUCCCACCAUCAAUUGUCUUGGAUGCCAAAGAAAUCACAAGUCAAAUAACCAGACAAAUUUUGCAAAGCCAAAGGAGUACCCCUGAGAUGGAAAGACAGAGAGCUGUGUACCAUCUAGCUACUAGGCUCGUUCAAACUGCUCGAAACUCUCAAUUGGAUCCAGACAGUUUACGAACAUAUUUAAGUAAUCUCAAAAAGAAGUAUGAAGCAGAUUUUCCCAGGGCUAAACAAGUUUCAGGAAACACUGAAGAAUAAUAACAACUCAUAUCUUAUACUAAUGAAAUAAUAUGUCUUAAUAUGAGGAACCUAGAAUUCAUUUUUCCUAAGAGCAAAAGAAAGUAAUAUUUGCUAAAUUUUGUAUUUUAAUUGAAAAUUACAUUAUAUUAACCUCAGAAUUAUCAUCUAUAUGUUCUAUAUAAGAAAAUAUUUGUUAUAUAACUUAAAAAUGAGAACUAUUUAAAGAACUGAUUUUUAUGUUAGAAAAAAGUGUAACGUGAUGCUUUUUUCUCAUUUAUGAAACUUCAUGUUAAGUUUAUUUAUAUUUACAAGUUAUGGUUUAAAAUGUUAUCAUAAAUAGUUUAGCUAAAAGAAAUCUUUCUUUGCAGGUCUGAAAA